AUGACGAUGAUGAUGAUGUCAAUGAUGUCAAUGAUGACGAUGAUGAUGAUGUCAAUGAUGUCAAUGAUGACGAUGAUGAUGAUGUCAAUGAUGUCAAUGAUGACGAUGAUGCCAAUGAUGACGCCGAUGAUGCCGACGCUCUCCCCUCCCGCAGUGCUCCCCGCAGUGGCUCUGCCCGGUGCCCAUUGGCCGCCCGUGGUGGCCGCGGUGGCCGUGGUGGCCCUGGUGGCUCUGGUGGCCCUGGGGGUCCUGGUGGCCCGCAGGUGGAGGAGGAAGAAGCCCCAUUACGGCGUGGCCUUUGCACCCCAUGGGGAGCCCGUGGUGCAGUUCCGGGUGCGGAGCUCCUACAGCCGCCGAUCCACCAAUGCCUUGUUCUCCCGCCUGGGCAUCAGUGAGGAGCUGCAGGAGAAGCUCCGGGACGUGACCUUGGAUCGGCACCGCCUGGCCCUGGGCAAGACCCUGGGUGAAGGUGAGUUCGGCUCCGUCGUCGAGGGGCAGCUCCAGCAGGAGAGCGGCGUCCUCAGGGUGGCCGUGAAGACCCUGAAGGUGGCCAUGGGCAGCCGGGCUCAGCUCGAGCAGUUCCUCUCCGAGGCCGCCUGCAUGAAGGAGUUCGAUCACCCCAACGUCAUGGGGCUCAUCGGUGUGUGCCUGCAGCCCUGGGGGGACGGGGGGCUCCCGGCCCCCAUCGUUGUGCUCCCGUUCAUGGCACAUGGGGACCUGCACAGCUUCCUGCUGCGGGCACGCAUGGGGCAGCCCCCACUGGCGCUGGCCCUGGGGACGCUGCUGCGCUUCCUGCGGGACAUCGCUGCCGGGAUGGAAUAUCUGAGCCUGCGGAGCUUCAUCCACCGGGACCUGGCGGCCAGGAACUGCAUGUUGGACGAGCACCUGCGGGUGCUGGUGGCUGACUUCGGGCUGGCCAAGCCUUGGGGGGGGCAGUAUUACCGCCAGGGCCACGUGGCCCCCGUGCCCGUCAAGUGGGUGGCCCUGGAGAGCCUCGAGAGCCGGGUCUACAGCACCAAGAGCGACGUGUGGUCGUUCGGCGUCACCAUGUGGGAGGUGCUGGCGCGGGGCCGCACCCCCUACCCCGGCCUGGAGAACGGAGACGUCUACCGGUACCUGCGGGGGGGAGGCGGCUCGGGGCGCCCCCAGGCUGCCCCCCGGCGAU